CUAUGUUUGGCUGAGCCGUUAAACCUACCGGUGCGCCGGCAUAAGGGAAGGAUCCCAUCGUACGCUAAUAUAGUGAAAAACCACACGCAAUGGAUCGUUGGUGGGGGCGAUGCAGUGCCCGGUGCUAAUCCACACCAGUGUUCGCUUCAAAGGACGUCUCACUCUUGCGGCGCCUCCAUUAUCAGCACUAAUUGGGCCGUAACUGCUGCCCAUUGUAUUGACGGCGCGAGUCCCACAUCACUGAAGCUCCGGUGCGGCACUGAAUAUCACGCGACGCCUGGCAUUGACUACACGUUAGCCGAAGUGAUAGCCCACCCCUCAUACAGCAGUUGGUCUCUGGACUACGACUUGGGUCUCAUUCGCAUAUCCGGCUCAUUCAGUCUGGGCUCCAACAACAUCAAUGCCAUCGCACUGCCCGCACAGGACGAACAACUGGCCGCCGGUUCCACUGUGACGGUCACCGGUUGGGGCGCUCUCACAGAAGGUGGGUAUUUGCCGGCCGUGUUGCAGACACUGGAUGUGCCGGUGGUGGCCAACGACGUCUGUUCCACCAAAUACAGCGGAUUUAAUGACGUGACGGACCGUAUGUUCUGCGCCGGAGUCGAUGCCGGAGGAAAGGACUCGUGUCAGGGUGAUUCUGGAGGACCAGUCACACAAAAUGGUAAACUGGUUGGCGCUGUUUCCUGGGGCUAUGGAUGUGCGCGGCCUGACUAUCCCGGAGUCUAUACACGUGUGGCAUCUCUAAGGAAUUGGAUUACAGAACAGACUUCCGUCUAAAUAUGACAUACAAAUAGUUCCCUAUAAUAUGCUUUCCAAUAGACUCCUAUUACUUCUGCCCC